AUGAGCACGCAACAGGGCCAAGAUGCCAAGUUCUUCACGCGCGGUAAGAUCGAGGAGUUUCGCGCAGAACUUGCAGCCGCAGAAGCAAAGGACAAGAAGUUCCAGAAGCGAAAGACUGUUCUCAAAAAGAUUGUGGCCAAUAUUACUAUGGGGAACGACAUGUCGCCGCUCUUUCCUGAUGUAGCUCAAUCCAUCGGGUGCCCACUGCUGGAGAUCAAGAAGAUGGUGUACUUGUAUAUGCUGAGUUACGGACGGUCGAAACCAGAUCAAAUCCACCUCGUCAUUCCAAGUUUCCUCCAGGAUUGCAACGACCGGAAUCCCCUCAUACGCGCUCUCGCGAUCCGCACAAUGUCAUACAUACCCAUUCCAACCGUCACAGAAGCUCUCAGUGACCAACUGCGCCACUGCCUGAAAGACAGGGAUCCAUAUGUUCGAAAGACUGCUGCGAUCUGCGUUGCAAAACUGUACGCGGCUGAUCCUCGGCGAGCAGAGCGAGGAGGGUUUGUGGAGAUGCUCAGGGAUUUGAUGCUGGACACGAACGCUACUGUCGUAGCAAACGCGGUCGCCUCACUAUCUGAAAUUGGGGAUCGACAUGACGGCGUGAUCUUCCGACUGAACUUGACAAUAGCAAACAAGCUCCUGACCGCUCUGGGAGAAAGUUCAGAGUGGGGCCAGAUUUACAUCCUGGAUUCACUACUGCGCUACGUGCCAGAAACACACGCUGACGCAGAGAUGAUGGGCGAACGCGUGAUAGUACAGCUCCAGCAUGCCAACUCAGCGGUCGUUUUGACAGCCAUCAAAGUUUUGCUCUACCUUAUGAACUAUAUGGACAAUCGCCGUCUCAUUGAACACAUAUGCAGGAAGAUGGGCCCUCCACUCGUGGCCUUGCUGUCUUCCGGACCUGAAGUACAGUAUGUCGCGUUGCGAAAUAUCCUCUUGAUUAUACAGCGACGACCAACGGUCCUGAAGAAUGACGUAAAGGUGUUUUUCUGCAAGUACAACGACCCAAUAUAUGUCAAGCUUGCAAAGUUAGAAAUCAUGUACCGGUUGGCUCGGGAUGAGAACUUCAGAGAGGUAUUAGCGGAACUGGAGGAAUACUCAACAGAAGUCGACCUUGAUUUCGUCCGCAAAUCUGUGCGGUCCAUAGGUCGCCUUGCAAUCAAAGUCGAGGCCGCUGCGGACAGCUGCAUUAAAUCACUCCUCAGUCUCAUCGACACGAAGGUUACAUAUGUUGUACAGGAGGCUGUCAUUGUUACCCGGGAUAUCUUUCGAAGGUACCCAGGACGAUACGAGGGUAUCAUACCGACGCUGUGCGAGCAUAUGGAUGCACUUGACGAGCCCGAAGCCCGGGCAGCAAUGGUCUGGAUAUUGGGCCAAUUUGCGGACAAGAUUGAGAACGCCGAUGAGCUUCUAGAUGACCUCACAUACACCUUUUUGGACGAGCCAACCGAGGUUCAGCUAGCCCUUUUAACAGCAACGGUGAAACUAUUCAUCUACAAAUCUCAAUCCAACACUACCAAAGCCCUGGUGCACAAAGUAUUGAAGUGGGCCACAGAAGAAGUUGACAACCCCGACUUACGCGACAGAGGAUUUAUGUAUUGGCGUAUGCUUGCAAUCAACCCAUCCGUUGCUGGGGAGAUAGUGCUGUCUGAGAAGCCAGCGAUAACAACUGAUUCUGACAGGAUGGAUCGUGGUGCACUGGAUCAAUUGCUGCUACACACUGGGACACUGGGAAGCAUCUAUCACAAAAACCCGGAAACCUUCAUUCGCAAUGCUGCUGGAAGAGCGCUGACAGAUAGUCCUGCGUUGAACGCGAAUUCUCGUGCGACCAUCGUACCUCUGGCUCGACCACACUUGCCUCCAGCGGCAGUCAAAGUAUCGGGUCCGGGCCCAAAUGAACCUAGCAGCGGCUCGACUCAAGCCCAGAAUAAUGAGGUUACUGUAGGGUCACCUGCUGCAGCUCCAACAGAGCAGCCUUCGGCAGGUGAUGUAGAUCUUCUAGAUAUGGACGAUUCGACUGUGGGCAAAAGCCAUGCUGUACAGGAGGAGGCUACCGUGGACCCCGUGGAUGGGCCAACUGGCGCCCCAGACCCAUACGCAGGUCUUGGAGGAGCGUUUGGGGGUUAUCUUGCUGACCAGCCACAACCUAUGGCCGGCAACCGGGUAGGAAACGGUAACGGGAAUGAUCUUGGUGAUCUUGUAUUUUAG